AUGAGUGAAUACUCCCAUUCUUCAUAUACCAGCGGUUAUGCUCCCAGAUAUAGAAAUCUUUCUAGAUCAAGUUCCAGACGUGGAGAACAUACCAGUGAGAGAACAAAUAGAAAGUUUGACUUGAAAACAGAAAAACUGAAAUAUCAAAGAACAGAUUCAGCUGUCCAAAUUUAUAAUAAUAAAAAUAUGAAGGAUGAAUACAAAACCCAAACAAGAAACGAAAAAUUUACUUUAAAUCACCAAUACUAUUCCCAAAAAGACCUUCAAAUCAAAUUCUCUAACCAAAAAGAGCUAAAUUUAUCCUCCAAAGCAUCAGAUUCCGCCCAAUCUACCAGUAAACACCCUCCCCAAAAGCCUUCAUUUUUCAUUGACACAAAAGACGACUCCUGAGAACACUCCUCUUCCCCAACAAAACCCUCCCACCCCAAAGAUCCUCCUUCUAAAUCCGCCUCGCUCACCUUCCUGAACAAAUCCGAAAUCCUCAACCGUAAAAAUUACGGAAAGAUUGUGGAUGAGAGGAAUGAUGAUGGGUAUUGUAUGAAACAAACUAUAAGAGAAGUUAAGUAUAAUAUCUUUGAGAACAGAAUUGAUGAUUAUGUGAACACGAAGAGGAAAGAAAUUUAUGCUCGUAUGAAGGUCCCGAAAGCGCUAGUUAAUCAUUACUUAGCAAGCUCAAGUAUGUUGAGCUGAAAUGGAUCUGACCAGAACCCAUAUGGAAUUUUUAGGAGAGAUGAUAAAAAUGCUUCAAAAAAUCUCAAAUUUAAUUGAUUUGAAGCUAAAGAUAUAUCAGAACAUGCUAAAAGAUUAGAUGAACUCAAUGAGAAUAGUUCUAAUUUGCUCCCAAUUAGAAUGGAAGAAAAUUUGAAGAAUAAAGGAUUCGGUUUCUGAUGAACUAAAAUGUAA